CCCGUCUCUAUAAAAUACAACCCUUUGCAUCUCGCAAGGCAAACAAGAGCAGCCUUCUCCCUGUCCCAGUCUGUCUUGCUGGUGGCACUCGGCAGUCGGCACUCGCUUCAUAUAGCUAGGUGAACCAUGAUCUGGAAAUGCUAUGCGCCAUGCUCUCCCGUCCAUAUAAAACACCAAGCCUUUGCAUCUCGCAAGGCAAACAAGAGCAGCCUUCUCCCUAUCCCCCGUCUGUCUUGCCGGUGGCUAGCUAAGAAGGCCUGUGAGAGCAUGGCAAGUAGUACCGUGUGCGAGAUCCGCCGUUUGCAGCGUGCGGACGGGCCUGCGUUGGUGCUUGCGAUCGGGACAGCAAACCCGCCCAACCACUUGUCCCAAGAGGAGUACCUGGAGUACUACUUCCGCGCCACCAAAAGCGAGCACCUCACGGACCUCAAACGCGAAUUCAAGUCAAUAUGUGACAGGACAGGCACGGAGAAACGUUUCUUUCACCACACACAGGAGCUGCUGGACGCCCACCCUCGCUUCUUCGACGGCGGACACGACCGCCUGGAGAUCGCCGCCGCCGUCGCCCCGGACCUCGCCGCGUCGGCCGCGGCCAAGGCCAUAACCAAGUGGGGCCGUCCAGCGACCGACAUCACUCACCUCAUCGUCAGCACCAACUCGUGCGCCCGCGCCCCGGGUGCCGACCUCCACAUCGCCUCCCUCCUAGGCCUCCGACCGUCUGUGGUUUGCACACUGCUCCAGAUCAACGGAUGCUCCGCCGGCUCCGCGUCGCUACGCCUCGCCAAGGACAUUGCCGAGAACAACCGCGGCGCCCGUGUCCUUGUGGUGUGCGUCGAGCUCAGCGUCGCCGCCUUGCGGGGGCCAGAGGAGAACUACCCCCACACCCUCAUCAGCCAGGCAAUUUUCAGUGAUGGCGCCGGCGCCGUAAUUAUCGGCGCUGACACGGUGCACCCACUGGAGCGCCCACUCUUCGAGAUGGUAUCCGCGUCACAGAUCGUGAUUCCGGGGACGGAUCAUCUUGCCAUGAUAAAAACCGGGGAAGGUGGCAUUUACCACCAAUUGUCGAUGCGGGAGCUUGUCCCGAUAGUAGCACAGAACAUCGAGCAGUGCAUAUCGGAUGAGCUCAAGCAGCUCGGAGUUGGCGUCGAAUGGAACGACCUCUUCUGGGCAAUGCACCCCGGCGUCAAUGCACUCUUAGACCAUGUCGACCAGGCUCUCAUGUUGGACCCGGGAAAGUUGGCAGCGAGUCGGACCGUGCUGAGAGAGUACGGGAAUAUGCUCAGCGCCACAGUGAUUUUUGUGCUUGAUGAGCAGCGGCGCCGAAUGGAAGAGGACGGAGAGGAAGGUGUUUGGGGUGUGAUGCUGGGAUUUGGACAUGGGUUCACAAUUGAGACUAUGGUGAUGCAUGCGACCAGCAAUCUCAAGCAAAAGUAUGCCAGAAUGUAGUGCAUAUUUUUAUUUUAUUUAAAGUCAAACGAUGUAAAGUUUGACCAAAUAUGAUUGCUCUAGUAACUAGCAAGUCCGCAUGCGAGGACAAUAUCUUUAGUGUGUCGGGCGGCAUGUGCAAAACACGCGCAUGACAUCUGUCAGCAAUAAACACGAGGUAUAUGUGUCCGUGGUA